UUGUUCCAUCUUCCACCAGACAAACAUGGAUAGGGAACGGGCCGAGAAGGCGAUGAGAGAAGCCGAGGAGAAGUUCCAAUCGAAAGACAUCGAACGUGCCAAGAGAAUGGUUCUCAGGGCCCAAAAGCUCUUCCCCUCUCUCCCUGGCCUUCCUCAAAUGCUCGCCGCCUUCAAUGUCCACAUCGCGGCUGCCUCCAAGGAUGCCAAUGGCCACACCAAUUGGUAUGCCGUCCUUGAAGUCGACCCCUCCGACGACAUCAAAACCAUCAAGAAACAGUACAAGAAACUUAGCCUCUUGACUCACCCUGACAAGAAUCGCUCCUCCGCCGCCGAGGGCGCGUUUAAGCUUGUCGUCCAGGCUUGGGAGGCCAUAUCCAGUAAUGCCAGCAGCUCAGAGAAAGGUCCAACCGGUGCAAGUGGCUCGUCCUCAGAUUCAGGUGUUGGCGACCAACAUAGUUGGACUUCAGAUGCUGCUGGAUCAAGCUCAAGGCCCUCCUCAGCCCAAUCGGAUCCUAAACCUACAAGGGCUUCCUCGGCUCGAUCGGAUCCUAAAACUACAUGGUCUUCCUCGACCCGAUGGGAUCCUAAGAACCCCAGUUCAAAGGCUGAAGUCACAUGCCCCAAGUGCAGCAGGAGUUGCAAAUCUUUGGAUUCAGGUGAUCUGAUUAUUAGAUGCAGUUAUUGCAAUUUGUUUGCUGUGAGGGGACGGCGGGACAGUAGUGUUUAUCUUACUUUUGAUGAACAUGGCCCUGGUAUUUUAGGGCUGUAGUAAUGUCGGCAUUAACAGCAAUCCCCAUGCUAGUAUCACUGUAGGCAUCAACAUUACAACGUUGAAGAUGUUUGUUAUAGCCAGAGAUGGUAGCUCGGAUCUAUAUAUAUCCAUGUAAUUGUGAAGCCAUUCAUAUCAAUCCAUGCGAUGCAUUCGAUAUUCGAAGGUGGUGGAAUGUCUAUUUUGUCUAUUGGAGUUUGCAUUUCCAGCUUUGUGAAGUCUGCGUGUAUAAUGGUUAUCGAAUCAUUUGGUAAA